AUAUUAAUAAUAUAUCUCUGUCGAUCUUUUUUUUCUUUAUCAGGAAUAAAUAAAUAAAUAAAAAUUGGAAAGCAAAAUAAAUCUUCAAAACGAAAACAACACCGGCAAAACCAAACUAAAAACUCUCCCCCCGCACCCGGACACCGUCCCUACCAAAGUCCGAUCCGAUAUCGCCAUCUCUUUUCUCUAUCUCGCGCGCGCAGCGGCGAACGGCGUACGUAACGUCGUGCGUGUACCAGUCGAGUGACAGUAUAUAUAUAACGAAGCUCCUGAAUAAAGCGCACGACACAACGUGAUCGUCUUUAACCGACAUCGGACGGACGCGCUCGGAGUUUUGAACGUUUCUCUCUGUUCUCUCAGUGUGAACCGAAGACGACAACAAGAAAUAUACAAUGACCGGUCGCGGUAAAGGUGGAAAAGGUCUGGGGAAAGGUGGCGCGAAGAGACACAGGAAAGUGCUCCGUGAUAACAUCCAAGGUAUCACGAAACCGGCCAUCCGUCGUCUCGCACGCAGAGGUGGUGUGAAACGUAUAUCCGGUCUGAUAUACGAGGAGACUCGCGGUGUGCUCAAAGUGUUCCUCGAGAACGUCAUCCGCGACGCCGUCACUUACACCGAGCACGCGAAGAGGAAGACCGUGACCGCCAUGGACGUCGUGUACGCUCUGAAACGUCAGGGUCGUACUCUCUACGGUUUCGGCGGUUAAAAUACUUUAAAAAAAAACAACAACAACAAAAACAAAAAAGGCCCUUUUCAGGGCCGCA